AUGAAUUUCCUAACUCCGAUUCAAGAAGGUAUAGCGAAAGAACGUCCUGAACUUGUUCCAAGUAAAGUAUGUCAAGAAAAGGCUAAACGAGAGGGUUUAGUAUUCGGAGGUGUCGCCGCAAUUUUAUCAGUAACUUCGAUGAUAUCGGGAUACGUGAUUAGUAGAUCAUCAUUUAAUAAUUGUUUACUUGAUGUUCAAUUAAAACAACAAAGAAAAGAAACGGCAGCAAAGUCGGAAUCAUCACCAGGAGAUGUUGAUUCGGUUUUUUCAGAUAUAACAGCUAAUCAAGAAUUAAAAUUACAAUCUAAAGAAUCUGUAUUUGUGGAUCCAUAUAACACGACUGAGAGCGAUAAUUACAAGAGGAAUGAUCC